UUAUUUAUGCCAAGUGCAAACAAAACAUCGAUCGAAUGCCCAUAUGCAGCCUGAAUUCUCAAUGGUAUAUCUAUUGCGUUAGCAAGCCACUCCCUCUUGCGAUCUAUAAAAGUUCGCCCGUGGUUCAGUCAUCUUCACCAGCCAAGAUACAUUUUUCAGAUGGAGUUUCUACUAUGGGUAUCCUACCUUACCAUCACACUCGCCACCAUCCUCUUAUUUCUUAGAACCCUGAUCUUGAGGCACAACCGCCGGGUGUACAACCUCCCUCCUGGGCCUAAGCCAUGGCCAAUCAUCGGCAACCUCAACCUCAUGGGCUCACUCCCACACCGCUCCAUCCACAGCCUCUCCAAGAAGUACGGUCCCCUGAUGCACCUCAGGUUCGGGUCCUUCCCCGUCGUCGUUGGCUCGUCGGUGGAGAUGGCCAAGUUCUUCCUCAAGACCCACGACGUGGUGUUCGCCGACCGGCCCAAGACCGCCGCCGGCAAGCACACCACCUACAACUACAGCGACAUGACGUGGUCGCCCUACGGCGCGUACUGGCGCCAGGCGCGCAAGGUGUGCCUCGCCGAGCUCUUCAGCGCCAAGCGGAUCGAGUCGUACGAGCACAUCCGCCGCGAGGAGGUGCGCGCGCUGCUCCGCGAUCUGCACGCGGCGUCCGGGCGCGUGGUGGCGCUCAAGGACUACCUGUCCGCGGCGAGCCUGAACGUGAUCUCGCGCAUGGUGCUCGGCAAGAAGUACCUGGAGCGCGAGGUGGUGCACGAGGGAGAAGUGGUGACGACGCCCGAGCGGUUCAGGUGGAUGAUCGAUGAGCUCUUCCUGCUUAACGGCGUGCUCGACAUUGGGGAUUCGAUCCCGUGGUUGGGCUGGCUGGACCUGCAGGGGUACAUUCGGAGGAUGAAGAAGCUGAGCAAGAUGUUUGAUCAGUUCCUGGAAUAUGUAUUGGACGAGCAUGAGAACCGGAUGUGUCGCGAGGGGGAGAGCUUCGUGGCGAAGGACAUGGUGGAUGUGCUGCUCAAUGUCGCCAGCGAUCCUUCGCUGGAGGUCAAGUUCAGCCGUGACAGCGUCAAGGCAUUCACCCAGGACCUCAUCGCUGGCGGCACGGAGAGCUCAUCGGCCACUGUGGAUUGGGCCAUCGCGGAGCUUCUCAGGAAGCCGGAGGUGUUCGCCAAGGUCACCGAGGAGCUGGACCGUGUCGUCGGCCGCGGCCGCUGGGUCACGGAGAAGGACAUCCCGAGCCUCCCCUACAUCGACGCCAUCAUGAAGGAGACGAUGCGAAUGCACCCGGUUGCGCCCAUGCUUGCGCCUCGCCUGUCCCGCGAAGACACGUCCGUCGACGGCUAUGACAUCCCCGCUGGCACGCGGGUGCUCGUCGGCGUCUGGUCCAUCGGCCGCGACCCCAAGCUGUGGGACGCGCCGGAGGAGUUCAUGCCGGAGAGGUUCAUCGGCAGCAAGAUCGACGUGAAGGGGCAGGAUUUCGAGCUGCUGCCGUUCGGGUCGGGCCGGCGGAUGUGCCCCGGCUACAGCCUUGGGCUGAGGGUGAUCCAGGUGAGCCUCGCCAACCUGCUGCACGGCUUCGCGUGGAGGCUGCCCGACGGCAUGACGAAGGAGCAGCUGAGCAUGGAGGAGAUCUUCGGUUUGUCGACGCCGCGCAAGUUCCCGCUCGAGGUUGUCGUCGAGCCCAAGCUCCCGGCUGACCUCUAUGUGUCUGCUUGCUGAUGUAUAUCUGUGUGUUGCAUGUCUGUUGAUUACAGUUGUUACUGCAUCUGUCGUCGCUGCAGUCCGGUAAGCCUGCAGUAUUAGUACUGGUGUUGUUGCUUAUGCAUUAUUUUCUGUCUUUGUAAGAGUGGAAUAAUAGGGCAAGAGUGAGUCAAUAAUAUGCUUGAUAAUAAGGUUUUCUUCGUUCUUGGACUCUGAUAUUUGUGCACAAGACAGAUUCAUGGGUACUGCUAGUAGAUAUUCUCUAUGUUGAACUACCUGGAAUGUUGAGUCGUAUUGUAACAAUAUAGGAUACUAUGCCGGCUGUGAUUUAGGAUGCAGUUAAUUGUUAAUUUGUUAGAUAAUCACGGCUGGUAUGGUGUGCUAUAUAUACAUGUAAUCUCGCACCGAUUCGUGUGCUAUCAAUCAACACGUAACCGCCUGGACCUGAGAAGGCCGGCGUUCAAUC